UUGAUGCAAUGUAUAUUCAUGUAAUUGAUCAUUGUAAAGAUAUUUCGCAACCUGAUAGAUUUAAAUUUAUUGAAUUACAAGCUAAAAAAACUACUACCUCUCGUAUUAAAAGUAAAAGCAUUGAUAAUAAUGAUCAAGAUUCAGAAGAUACUUUGUCAGUUUUGAAAAAACUAAAAACUUCAAAUUUAACAUUAAUUUUUGAUGACUGGACAACUAUUUCAAAUAGUUCUGUUUAUGCAUUUUUUGCUAUAACUAGUUAUGGUGAUAUUCAUAUGUUGGGUUUAGAAGAAUUUGAAGAUCAACGUCAUACAAGUGAAAAUAUUGCAAAUAUAACUAUAGAGGCAAUUAAUAAAAUUGGAUUAAAUAUGGAACAAUUUAACCAUGAAAUAAUUCAAAUUAUUGAAGAUAGAAAUCAUUGGAAAAAUAAUGAACUUUUAAUGAAAAUACUUGAACCUGUUAAUAACGCUAUUAAACAAUUAGAAACUGCAAAUACGACAUUAGCAGAUGCAUAUUUAUUAUUAAUUAAUUUAGGAAAAAAUCUAAUUUCAUUAUUUACUAAUAUUAAUAAAUAUGAUUUUAAGCUUUAUAUAUAUCUUUGUACACUAGCAAUAUUUUGUCAUUCUAAAACUCAAAAAUUUGCAAUUUCAAAAAAAACAACAUUAUCAGAUAUACAAACAACUGCAAUUAAACUUAUAAAAAAAUGGAAUUGGAAUAGAGAAUUAGCAGUAGAUAUAAAAAAUGGUCUAGCAGAUUAUUUAAAUUUUAUUGGUGAUUUUAAUUUAGAUAAAGGAAUUCUAAUAGAUAAUCCACGUAUAUAUUGGGACCAUAUUUUAAAUCUAAAAUAUGCUGCUCUUAUUAUAUUUGUUAAACGUAUUUUUUCUUUUGUUCCUUAUGCAGCAGAAGCAGAAAGAUAUUCAGAAGAAAUUUAUAAUAUCGAUGAUUGGGAUGAUAAUAUUAAUGAUACUUUAACUUCUAUAGAAUUAAAAAAUGAAUUAGAGACAUUUUUUGAAGAAGAACAAGCAGAACUUGAAGAUAUUACAAAUUUAAUACCAAAGUUUAUAAUUGAACAAUUGGUUGAUAUUAAUGAUCCUAUUUUUUAUAAUCAAACUGUAUUAAAUAAUUUUAUAGAUGAAAGUUUGGUUAUGGAUGAAAAUAAUGAUAGUGAUUGGGAUAUAAAUUCAAUUAUAGAUGAUUAG